UUUAGUCCGCUGUUUAACGUCGGCUCGAACAUAUCAAGCCAAUAUUCUUUAAAACAAACGUGGUUGACGUAUAGUGUGUCAGAAGAAUAUAUUUGUUGUGGGUGUUAUUUUUAAGCAAAGAUACAAAAACAAGUUUUCAAAUAUUUUUAGUGCUGCCAGGACAAAUAGUAGCAUUGAGGUUUAUGUGUGCAGCAGUACUGUCUGCAGCGCUCGCGCAGUCCUUCGGAGGCGGAAUAAAAAUCUCAUUUUAGUCGCAUAAGUUUGUCUUUUUGUAUCUGUUCGGCGCGUUUACAUGGAAAUGAGGUGCGCCGGCACUGCGGUCAUGUUGGAGUCGAGCCCGUGAGCGAGCCUCCGUGCCUCAAGGCUCCAGGCCUCCUGGCCUCCAUCUGAGCCUUCAUCUUCAUAAUCAUCAUCAACAGCAGCAUGUCAAGCUCGGGCUUUCCCCCCAGUCAGGGGAGCUUCAGCAGCGAGCAGAGCCGCUAUCCGCCCCACUCGGUACAGUACACCUUCAGUCCUGCACGCCAUCCGCCGGAGUUCACAGUUCCAGAGUACCGUAAUGCUCACCUGCAGGACCAGCAGCAGCGUCGCCGACCCUCAUUACUGUCAGAAUUCCACCCUGGAACCGAGAGGCCUCCGGAGCGCCGACACGGCUAUGAGCAGCAGUUCCACACAGUCACGGCCCAGUCGGAGCACGACGCCAUGGAUGCCAAGCGUCCUCGCAUUGAGGGCACCACCGAAGCCCACCUGGCCCGUGCACCGCCCUCCAGCAUCGUCCUGCCGCUACCACACCCCGUACAGGACGGCCUGAGAACCCCAGGAGAGAUCAAGAAGGAGACUCAGUUCAAUGUGAAGCUGGAGGCCUCGUCCCCAGGAGGAGGGAUUCAGGCCAUGGGGGAGGAGCAGGACGCGUCUCCUUCCAAGCUCUCCAAAGAAGAGCUAAUCCAGAGCAUGGACCGUGUGGACCGCGAGAUUGCCAAGGUUGAGCAACAGAUUUUUAAACUCAAGAAGAAGCAGCAACAACUGGAGGAGGAAGCAGCAAAGCCAGUGGAGCCGGAAAAGCCAGUGUCUCCUCCCCCCGUGGAGCACAAACACCGCAGCAUCGUGCAGAUCAUCUACGACGAGAACCGGAAAAAAGCAGAGGAGGCCCAUAAGAUCUUUGAAGGACUUGGCCCUAAAGUAGAGCUGCCCCUGUAUAACCAGCCGUCAGAUACUAAAGUGUACCACGACAACAUUAAGACAAAUCAAGUGAUGAGGAAGAAGCUGAUUCUGUUUUUUAAGAGGAGGAACCACGCACGCAAACAGAGGGAACAGAAAAUCUGCCAGCGCUACGACCAGCUGAUGGAGGCGUGGGAGAAGAAGGUGGAGCGGAUGGAGAACAACCCACGGCGUAAGGCCAAGGAGAGUCGCACGCGCGAGUACUACGAGCGCCAAUUCCCCGAGAUCCGCAAGCAGCGCGAGCAGCAGGAGCGCUUCCAAAGGGUGGGACAGAGAGGGACGGGGCUGUCUGCCACCAUAGCAAGGAGCGAGCAUGAGAUCUCAGAAAUCAUAGACGGCCUCUCGGAACAAGAGAACAACGAGAAGCAGAUGAGGCAGCUAUCAGUCAUCCCUCCCAUGAUGUAUGACUCGGAGCAGAGGCGCGUGAAGUUCAUCAACAUGAACGGACUUAUGGAUGACCCCAUGAAGGUCUUUAAGUCUCGCCAGUUCAUGAACGUCUGGACUGAGCAUGAGAAGGAGAUUUUUAAGGAGAAGUUUGUGCAGCACCCAAAGAACUUUGGCCUCAUUGCCACUUAUCUUGAGCGAAAGUGUGUCUCAGAUUGUGUACUGUAUUACUACUUGACCAAGAAGAGCCAGAACUAUAAGACACUGGUCCGACGAAACUAUGGCAGCCGACGACGGAGGAACCAGCAGAUAACACGGCCCUCACAAGAAGACAAGUCCGACGACAAGAACGAGGAGGAUAAGUCGGAGAAAUCAGACAAGAAAGAGGAAGACGAUAAGAAGGACGAGGAGGAGAAAGAUGAAAAAGAGGACUCAAAGGACAUUAGCAAAGACAAAGAGAAGUGUGAGGGAGAGGACGAGGAGGGGAAGGAGCAGAGCACGCCACGAGGUCGCAAGACAGCUAACAGCCAGGGACGGCGUAAGGGCCGAAUCACCACACGCUCCAUGGCCAACGAAGCUGCUAGUACUGCCACAGAGGAAGCACCAGCACCACCCCCGCCACCACCACCACCACCACCUGAGCCUGCUGUACCGGAGUCUGUCCCUCCUCCCAAACCAGAUUCUGCUCCGAAGCCAGCACGCGAACUCACUAAGCUUGCUCCUGUGACCAACAUGGACAGCCAAGCACGAGGAGCUGUAGAGGCUGGAGAGACGUCUCGCUGGACAGAGGAGGAGAUGGAGGUCGCCAAAAAAGGGCUGGUAGAGCAUGGCAGGAACUGGUCGGCCAUUGCUAAAAUGGUGGGCACCAAGAGUGAGGCACAGUGCAAGAACUUCUACUUCAACUACAAGAGGCGGCACAACCUGGACGACCUGCUGCCUCAGCCCAAACAGGCAACCAGACGCUUGCGUGAUCGAGAUGCAUGUCAGAGCGACAGUGUGGCCACGGCUUCGGCUGACGAUGAUGAGGAGAACCCAGACGACAGUGAAGGUGCAGAUAACACUUCAGACACAGAGAGCGCGCCAUCUCCUUCUCAGUCUGACACGUCCAAGCCCUCCGAGUCACAGCCUCAAGCCCUGGAUCAGGAAGCUACUGCCCCCAAAGUCCCUAAUGCAGAUACCAAAGCUCAGGAGCCCUUCAACGAGCUGCAGGUAAAGCUGGAGAAAAGUCCAGAAGGAGCAGCGGUGGACGAAUCCAUGGUUAAGGACGAGGCCCACCUGCACCCUAAGAGCGAACCUCAGGACACAGAAACAGCGGGAGGAGACCGGGGAGAGGUGCAAGUAAAGACCGAGCCGGAAUUGAGGGAGAAAGAGAAGCAGAGCGAGCAACAUUCAGACAACGACUCGAGUGCCACCUGCAGCGCUGAUGAAGAUGUCGAGGCAGAGCCAGACAGACAGAGGAUGUUUUCUCUGGAGAAGCCAUCGAUUCUCGGAGGCUCUGGGUCAGUGGUGGUCUCCUCAGGCAAGCAGGCUCCGCUCAGUAUGCAGCAGCUCCAGCAGCGUGCUGCCACCAUCCCUCCCAUGGUCAGUCCCCCUAGUUCCCUCCUUCACUUCCCUAGCAGCUCUGCCCCCCUGGCCAGGCCCAGGGACUGGGAGAGGCUCGGACACAGAGCCUCACCCCGGCCACCCCGCCACGUUGCAGGUCCAUUUGGGACGGCCGGUGUUCCUGUAGGAGCUCCUCUGAGCGGCUUAACCAUGUUCCAGCACCAGAUCAAAGCUGUACACGAAUCUGCGCACAUGGAGGACAGCCAGAGACAAGAUGCUGGAGAGGUGGACCGUAGGCCGCGCUUCAUCACUCGCAGCCCCACUGUCCUCGACCGAGAUGGUAAGCCGUUUGCCUACAUGUCAUACGAUAUAAAGCUGAUGGAGCAGGAGGCUCACGCUGCAGGAAGACCAGGUUCACCCUACAGACUGUCUCCCCGAGAGCCAAGCAAAGCAUCGCCCCAACCCGAGCCCAACAACCCUGCCCGCUACAGCGUCCCUCCAGUCCUGCAGCCCGCUCCUAACCAGGUGGUCCAGAACCUUCCAGAUGGAAUGCGUGUGACAUUCACUCGCCACAGGCCCCCCAACAUUCCGUCCCCUCCUCCGCUAAUCCCUACGUCCAAACCCUCGGAUAAGCCCACCUUCAUCCAGGGAGGAUCCAUUUUACAGGGAACGCCAGGCACAUAUCUGCCCUCACACACUCACGCCAUGUAUGGGCCAGAGGGAGCCAAGAGCGCUGGAGGAUCCAUCUCUCUCGGCUUGCCAAGACAGCAGGACCCUGCCAAACCUGUGUCCUAUAUAAAGCAGGAGGAAUGUUCACCGCGUGGGCAAAAUGCUCAGGCUGAAGGGCUGCUCUCCAGGGCACAGUAUGAAGGAGUAGUCCGAGGAGGGCCAAUGCCUACAAUCCAGGACCUGGCAAGAGGGUCUACUGGAAAAAGCCCUGAGGGACUUCCUUUAAGAGCAGGAUCCAUCACACAUGGCACCCCAGCUCUUCCUCAGUCCGGCAUACCGGCAGAUCUGCUGAAGAGCAAGCUGACUGCUGAGGACCUGAGCAGCCCAGAGAAGGGCCGAGGCGAGCCACUGCCUAAAGGCCACGUCAUCUAUGAGGGCAAGAGUGGCCACAUCCUGUCGUAUGACGCCAUUAAGAACCCCAGAGAAGGUACUAGAAGUCCCAGGACAGGACAUGAGUUGAAGCGCACAUACGAGAUGAUGGAGGGAGCCAGAGGACAUCCUGGACGGGAGGCUGCACCUUUUGAAGGUUUGAUUAGCAGGGCGCUGCCUAGAGAUGGCACACACCCUGACACCAAGGAGAGGCCCAUACUCACGGGAUCCAUCAUGCAAGGGACACCCCGAACCUCCGCUGAUGCUUUUGACGAGGUUAAGUAUGGUAAGCAGAUCAAGAGGGAAAGUCCACCAAUUCGCUCCUUUGAAGGGGGAAUCACUAAAGGCAAGCCCUAUGAGGGUGUGAACACCAUUAAAGAGAUGGGACGCUCCAUUCACGAGAUCCCCCGCAAAGAAGUACCGGACAGCCGCAAGACCCCUGUCUUGGAAGGAUCCAUUACGCAAGGCAUCCCUCUGAAGUAUGAGAGCAGCGGCGCCAGCCAGUCGGCCAUCAAGCACAAUGUUAAGUCACUUCUCACCAGCCCAGGCAAGCUGGAGGACUCCAAAGUACAAGAGCGCGUGCGACACACAUCCGUCGUCAGCUCCACAUCAGUGCUGCGCUCCACACACCAGGAGGCCAGCAAGGCUCAGCUCAGCCCAGGGAUGUACGAGGAUGCGAAUGCCCUCAGGACCUCCAGCUACACCAGCGGCUCCAUCUCCAGAGGAUCACCCCUGCUGCGAGCACAAGAAGGAGGCAUAACUGCAGGAAAGCCUGUGUCCCACGAGAGAAAGAGCACGCUGACCCCAACCCAGAGAGACAGUGUCCCAGCCAAGUCUCCUGUAUCCGGAGGAGAGCCGCUGGCCUCUCACAGCCCCUUUGACCCCCAUCAGGUGUACCGAGCCCACCUGGCCCCUCAUUUGGACCCCAGCCUUUUCCACCACUCAGCUUACAUGUUCCAACGGCAGCCAUCCCCUACCGGAUACCCCAACACCUACCAACUGUACACCAUGGAGAACACGCGCCAGACAAUCUUGAAUGAUUACAUUACCUCGCAGCAAAUGCAGGUCAUCCCACGGGCUGAGGUCGCCAGAGGCCUGUCACCCAGGGAACAGCAGAUCGCCAUCCCAUACCCUGCUGGAGCCAGAGGUAUAAUUGAUCUAGCCCAGAUGCCUCCCACCAUCCUGUUGCCUCACCCUGGGGGGACAGGUUCCCCUAACUUGGACCGCAUCACGUACCUCCCUGGACCUCAGCCCCCUUUUCCUCCUAGGGUUUUCAACCCAGCCUCCAUAUCUCCAGGACACCCUGCACAUCUCGCAGCCAGCGUGGAGAGGGAGAGAGAGAGGGAAAGAGAACGUGAAAGAGAGAGGGAGAGGGAUCGUGAACACAGAGAACGGGAGAAAGAGAGGGAGAAGGAGCGAGAGAGGGAGAGAGAACGGGAACGAGAAAGGGAGAGGGAGCGUGAGCGCAUGGCAGCCGCUAACGAAUACAUCCGUGGAGCUCCAGAGCAGCCUGGCAGGCCUGGUAGCCGUGAUUUCCUGCGUUCCCCGUCCCCUUCAAUGAGGUCCCAGGAGGGUGUAGUCCAGCAGAGGCCCAGCAUCUUCCAGGGCACAAAGAGUGUCAUCACGCCUCUGAUGCAGAUGCCCUCUGCAGCAGCCGCAGCACAGACUUCCUCUCGCUACAACACAGCCGCGGAUGCAUUGGCUGCACUGGUGGAUGCCGCUGCCUCUGCCCCUCAGAUGGAUGUAGCAAAGGUCAAAGAGGGUAAACAUGAGGGCAUCAGUGCCCGUGACGACGAGGUGAGCCCCUCACGAGCCAUGUCUCUUCCUGCUGGGAAAGCACCACUUCCUGUAUAUUCAGACGGAGGAGGAGGGGCAACAAGUGGCAAAGAUAAACCACCUCCCACCAAGUCUCGCAUAGAGGAAGAGCUGCGCACACUCGGCAAGACCACCAUCACCGCGGCCAGCUUCAUCGACGUCAUCAUCACUCGUCAGAUUGCAUCAGAAAAAGACUCGCGCGAGCGGGGCUCACAGAGCUCAGACUCCUCAGGAAGUUUGUCAUCGAACCGUUAUGAUGGACAGAGCAGUGGAGCCAUCGAGGUGAUCAGCCCGGCAAGUUCCCCAGCUCAGAGAGAGGACAAGAAUGAACGGUCUUUCUCCUCAGACAAGAGCACUCAGCCAGCUACAGGUACGGUUAGAGGAUUUGAUAUUAAUCGCUACAGGCAGCCGGUGGAAUCGGGACCCACAGCAGCCCCACCUCCACCUACACAAACUCACCGUGUUAUGACCCUGGCUGACCACAUCUCGCAUAUCAUAACCCAGGACUUUGCCAAGAAUCAGGACCCUCCUCCUUCCUCCAGCUCUUCUUCCUCCUCUUCCUCCAUAUCCUCUACAUUCCAAAACUCCGGAGCAGUAGGCAGCAGUGCUCGGUCCAAAGUGCCUAACCGCUACAGUCCAGAGAACCCUGUCAACCCCGCCCACCAUCAGAAACCACCCAGCCGAGUGUCCCCUGAGAACGCUUCAGAGAAAUCCAGAUCCAGGCCAGGUAAAUCCCCUGAGCGUGCCGGUGGCCGGGCUGUAGAGAGCUAUGAGCCCAUCUCCCCUCCGCAAACCUACUCAGGACUGGAGAAACAAGAGAACAGCCUGCUUCAGAGCCAGAGGCGUGAACAGGAUCUUGCAGAGCAGAGAACGGACUCACGCUCCCCGGGCAGUGGCAGCUAUCUGCCUGCUUUCUUCACCAAGCUGGAGAGCACCUCCCCCAUGGUGAUGUCCAAGAAACAGGAGAUCUUCCGCAAGUCUGAUGUCGGUAAUGCACAGCCAGGCACAGAGAUCUUUAAUUUACCAGCAGUAACAACCUCAAGUACUGUGAACCUUCGGAACCACUCGUUCAGCGACCCAGCCAGCAACCUUGGUCUAGAGGACAUAAUCCGUAAGGCUCUGAUGGGGACUGUAGAGGAGAGACCAGAGGAGCAGACACAGCAAGCUCAAUCUGUAGCUUCAGCGUCGGGAAAUAAUUCUGAGGGGCGACAGGAGGCCAAUCCGUCCCCCAGCACAGGUAGAUAUUCGAAGCAGAAGCUCCAGAGCAAAGCCAGCAGUAGGAAGUCCAAGUCGCCCAACCCAGGCCAGGCGUACGCGGGCGGAGAGCGACCCUCCUCCGUGUCCUCUGUACAUUCUGAAGGAGAAUAUCACAGGCAGGCUCCCAGCUGGGCUUGGGAAGACCGGCCCUCAUCCGCAGGUCCAAUGCAGUUCCCUUACAACCCUCUAACUAUGCGCAUGCUGAGCAGCACGCCUCCCACCUCCAUGGCCUGCGCUUCUCCCUCCAUGCAGUCCCAGCAGCAGCCAGGAGGAGGAGCCAAUGCUCCGGCUCGCGCCUGGGAGAGGGAGCCACCGCUGCUCUCGGAGCAGUAUGAAACUCUGUCGGACAGCGACGACUGAGCCAGGCCAUGAACCUUGACCCUUUUGACCUCCCUCCAACCCCCUUCCCCGGUCCCUACGGCCAGCGAGAACCGUGUCCCUGUCAGGGCGGCCCAGAUAAUACAUCCCACUCACUGCUAACUUUGAGUAGGGAUUGCCUGGGGAGGCAUACUCGCUUCUGGUGCUUUAAUUUCCUCUUGUGCUUGUAGAAAGCGUUGCGAGGGAGCCACGGCUUGAUCGUUCAGAAUAAACCGUGUCCAGAAGCUUUAUUUCGCCUGUUUGUGAAUGAGCAAACACAAAAUGUUGGAAAAAAAAACAGAAAAGAGGAUGAAGAACUUGAAAUAUAAAGACUUACUUGCUUCAGAUUUGUUUAAUUUCUGUAAAGAAAUACUUUGUCUUCAAAAAAAAAAAAAAAAAAAAGAAAAGAAAAAAUGUAUGUAAAUAGAGUAACCUUUUGCAGUGUGAAUUUUUUUUCAGACUUUUUGCGUUUUAUUAUUACUUUUUAAAUCAGAUCCCUGCUGGUUUAAGAUUAUACAGAAAGUUCUUGCUCUCAAUGUGAAAAGUGUGGAUUUUCUCCCGAGCCCCCUGAUGGCAGGAUGCAGCGUGAACUUGAACUGAUAGAGCUGAAGCACCCAGGAAGAGAGCAUUUCAGUCACACAGCCUGCCUUCGUAGCACUGGAGGCACCAGGGUCACCACAGAUUUUGUAAACGAGCAUUCAACCUGUUACACGAGUGCAUGAUGAAAAAACAAAAUAAUUAAAAGAAAGCGUGAGCAUUUUUCAGCCCUGCAGAAAGAUCUCCAUUUUGGUUCACAUGAACAAGUUGAGAACACUGGUGUCGGAGCCGAAUGAUUCUUCAGUGAAAGAAGAAAUAUAAGCUGAAUGUUUCUUUUUCCUCCCUAAGUAUAUGUAUUUUUAUUUUAGAUUAUUUUUUUGUCACUCUGUGGUGGACCUCUAGUUGUGAGAGGAAACUCGCCAUGGUUCUGGUGUCUGCUUCAGAGUGUGGCUCUGUGUGGUUGCUAACAAGUGCUCAAUGUUCUGCUGUUUUUCUCCUUUAUCUCUCUGCCAGAGGAACACCAGAGGAAGCUGUUUCACUUUAGAGAGGUUCUUGGUUCCCUUCACAUGGAGGAGAAAUCAAACUGUGAUCUUCCUCUUUUUCUUCUUCACUUUUUUUUUUUUUUCUUUAAAAUGCUGAAGUACAUGCUGAUCUGUCUACCCGAUGUGAAAGGAAAAAAAAAAAAAAAACAAGCUUCUGUUUGUCACACCUCUGCAUCACUGUUGCACUUUUUGAUUUCGCUUACUAACUUUUGACAAGCGUACUACCUGUAAUCUAAGUUAUUGGAGCUUCUGCAGAGGUCUGGACUCUUCAGCUUCAUUCACAUUUUUGCAAUAAUCCUCUUAUCACAGAAUUUUUAUUUUUUAAAUCUUGCCACCGUUUUCUGGCUUGUUUCACGUCACUUGAUCUUUGCUCUAGUCUAUGGUACAGUAAGGCUGUUAAAGUUGCUGCUUUGUAGUGGUGGCUUUCACUAAUAAAUCAUCUUGAUGUAAUAGACAAUAAGCUCAAUUUCAGUUAUCUGCACAAGUAUAGCUGUAUUUUCUAUGGCAAGACCCUAAAAAGUUUCAAUCUGUAGUGCAAUUUUUGUUUUCUUUUCUGUCGCUUUGCUUAAGUAACUAAAACCUGUCUGGUUUUUUUAUUUUGUUAUAUUUAAUUAACUUCACUUCUGAAAUAUGAAAAAAAAAAGCCCUAGAGCUCAUGUUGAGAUUAUUAUUUUUUUUCCAUCAUUCUCAACAUCAUUGUUAUUCAUCCUUUUUAAUGGGAUGCAAAGUGUUUACAAUGGCAUUGACAAAAAAAAAAAAAAAGGUGGUGAAACUUGAAUCUUAAGAAAAAGAAAGUCUGUCAUUGCAUCAGUUAGUCUAUUUUUUCAGUCCAACACCAUGCAGUGGUAACUUUUUUUUUUCUUUUGUCCUUUUGGAAUUGAGACUUGAAAUAACCCAUGUAUCCCAUGUUGUUGGAAAGCAAUGUUUGUAUCGCACAAUGUCUCUUAAGUAGCCAAUUACAAAAUUUUCAGACCAAUCAAUAAAGUGGAUUAGCGCUCCACCUUUCUGAAAAUUUA